UCAUUAAUUAUCACCUCCUUCCCUUGGGCUUUGACUGGAGUGUGACGGUAAAAAAGUCAUUUGUGUGCGAGCUUUGAACGGUAUUCGAGUUACAAACGACAUAAUAGAAUAUUGAUGACAGGGUGUAUUCAUGUCAGACCACUCGUUUCGGAAUGCGGAUAUCUGUUAAUACAGUUAUUUACAUUCAAUCCCAGGUGGAAAUGUGGACGAGAGUAUAUAUUGCUGAUGCCGCCCUGUGUUCAGACAGUCCGAGGUCUCUCCUCUACGAACUCCGUGAACACAGCGAGAAGUACAGACGUCUUCAGAUGGCCACCUCACGAUCACCACGUUUCACCUUCGUAACACGAGUAGCUCUGACCUUUGUGGUGAUUGUCACCCUGGGUGUCACAGGCCAAAACGUGACUCAAGACGAGGCGACUACCAACGGAAACAGCCAAGUCGCUCGUUCGAGUCGCGCUGCCGACUGUGCUUGCUACGGUGGAUGUCCCAUGGAGAAGGGUUACGUGCUCUACAACAAGCGAUGUCUGAAGUUGUACAAUGUCAAGCGAGACUACCACACUGCCAACAAACGUUGUGCAGAUGACGGAGCUCAUCUCUUUUACUUCAAGUCACGUGACCAGGAUGGUCCGGCUUUGACCUAUCUGACAGACACGAUGGGUCUUGAGCUUUUACCGUCAACUCGAGGUUUUUGGGUUGGAGCGACUGACAUUGUGAGUGAGGGAAGCUUCGUGUGGAGUGACCGCACCCCUUUGUCAAAAGAUUUCCCCUACUGGAACAACAACCAACCGGACGACUUUAAGGGCAACGAGGACUGUGUGGAAGUCAUAAGCGUUAAUAACGUUAUCAUGCUCAACGACUUUCAGUGUCUGGCAAAGCUGGGCUUUGUUUGUCAGGUAGACAUCAGGAUGUAGUGAGUGACAAAUAACAUGCUGUCAACACCGUACGUUAGUAACGGUCAGUCAACUAGUCUCAGUCUCCUUGUGCUCUUACUGUGGCAUAUGCAUGAGGACUGUUGAUGUUGAUAUUUGACAAAAUAAAGAAACGUUAUAACUUCUCUUCCCACCAUUGUGUUUUUUCUCUUCGAUCUGAUAAGAGAUUGAGUGUGAAACUGUUGCUAGUAAUAUCAUAUACGUCACACAGAAAUUAGUUACGGUGGCUCGUAGACAUCGAUAUCGUUCUCACUUUAGGCACAACCAGUCAUCGCCUUUUGCACACAAAUAUUGCACAAUGAUGAUGAUGAUGAUGAUAAAAUUAAGAGCAUUAACACUACUACUACUAAAAAAUAAUGAAAAUAAAUAAUUUGUAGCACAUUUGUAUAGCACCAUUUUCCAGCAAGAACCAGACUGAGAGGAUCUAGCAGGCCGUGCAGGUAGAGGGGGAUAUGGAAGACAAGCUACAGAAAGCAGAGUCUGAUUUAAAACUUGACGACAUGUACUGCGGUGGCUAGGCUCUGUUGAAAACACAAUGGUCUGGUGUAUGGACCUAGUAACCUCAGGACUCAUAUUCACACCAAACAAAUGAAGAAUUCUGUGCAACGCCGUGACAGCAGCACCUGCGCACCUGCAUCCUCAAAACGAUGGCCGUGACACUGAGAACUUGACCUCUGACUCUUGGUAACAACCAACCUGUUUUUUUUGGUAAACACUGCCUUCCCAUCAUUGGCAAAUAAUGUCACCUAAAUCUCGAUAAACUCUCUAGACACAAACACAGUCUGGAAUCAUGGACGAUGUGAACUGUUAGCUGUGGUUGAGUAGAAAGAAGCUGGCAACUUCCAUAUACUGUCACUGCCUUACUCUUUGUCCUGCAGUCCUGUUUCUUGUCCUUCACACAGGUGACUGGGCCAAAGAAUGAAAGGUGACAUAAAAAUGUCGCACAUCUCUGUCCUGCCCUUUCUGUUUGGUGCCUUGUCAUCCUGUGGGGCCACACUGGUGGUGAUGUGUCACACUGCACAGU